AUGGCGCGAGGCACGCUUUCGUCGCUGCCGGUGGGAACCGGGGCGACGGACGUGUCCAAAAUGGGUCCAGUGGGAACGGCGGGUGUCAGGACGGCAAUGGAGGCGGUCGGAGCAGCAACAACAGGGCGGGCGGAGACAGGCUCUGCGACUAUCAUCCGUACUCGUCGCACACCAACAGCGAGUGCUACACCCAGCGUCGGCAACGGAAGAAGCAGGAGACCAAGCAGCAGCUGCCUCAGCAACGACAGCAGCCUCAGCAACAGCAGCAGCCCCAACGACAGCAACAGGCCCCUGAACAGCAGCUGUCUCAGCAGCAACAGCAACCUCGGGGACCGCCGCCGCAGCAGCCGAGCCGCAGUGGGGGGGGCUGGGGGGGUGGGCCCCGGCACGGGCCUCACGGCGACUACGGAGGACAGCAGCAUCAUGGACAUCCAGCGCCCCCUCGUACACCGCAGCAGCAGCAGCGACCCCCUUACGGGCAUGCAAAUGUAAGUGAACCGUAUGGUGCCGCGCCCACGAGGGGAACGCGUAUGGUAACGAGUAUAGGGGGUGGGAGCAUCACCCACAGUAUCAGCAACCUUUGCCAGACUAGAGCUUCCAGCAGCAGCCGUAUUACCCGCCUCCGACAACGUACUACCAGCAGCAGCAGCAGCAGCCACCGCCGUCGUUCCAGCAGCAGCCGCAGCCGCAGCAGCACUCGACCCAUGCCCCGUCCCAUUCGCCUCCUCCCGACGCAGCCGGAUCCCCUGGGCAUCUUCACUUCCUCAAGACACGUUUUGAGUCACAAGGCGAGAUCUUUCCAAGUGUGGUAGCGCGUGAGAAUGGUAGUGGUUUCGCUUUGUCUGUUCAGAGUCGCCCUUCGCAGAUUGGUAGAGAGCAAUUUUGGGCCGACAGCGGCGCAAGCAACACGUUUGUCAGCAGUAGCGAAAACAUGUUUGACAUGAAGCCGAUUCCAGCAGAAAGAAAGUUCAUCCAAGUAGGGAAUGGUGCCUAUCUGCGCGUGCAAUGUGUUGGUAGCAUCAACAUGGCAUUUCACAUACCUGGCCCUUCGGGCGAGACCGAUUUUUGCGUGCAGAUGUCGGACGUGUACGUAGUCCCCGGCAUCACGUUCAAUCUGGUUUCUCUGCACCAUACGCAGCGUAGGCAGAGGAUUACGUUGGAUGAAAAUGGCGUGCAUCUAUUCAAUGGCCAGAUUUCCUUUGCUUUCUCCGAUGUAGGAUGUUCUCUUUGGGCCACUCGCUUGCCUCCGACGUAUACCGGUAGUGCUGUAACCCUCGGUCCCGAUGCCCUCC